AUGAUUCACAAGCAACAACAACAACAACGUAACAAUCAUCAUCGUCACACCACAUUGAUGCCUGGCUCUAUUGUUCAUGACGAGAUCCAAAUCAUAAAGACCCUGGGUGUAGGGGCUUACGGCAAAGUUUAUCUUGGCCAAGAUUUGAAAACCAAACAGCGAUAUGCCAUCAAAGCAUUACAACAACGUCAACUGGAUGAUCAUCAACGUGCCUUACAACGUAACGAAAUGAUCUUACAUUCCAAGCUGAUACAUCCCAACGUUAUUCGAUUGGAGCGUAUUAUUAAGCACAAUGAAUGCGUACACAUGGUGCUUGAGCAUUGUGCAGAAGGUGAUCUCUUUUCGGCGAUCACGGAACGGAAUUUGUAUCACGGCAAUCAUGCAUUAAUCCGACAGGUGUUUUUACAAUUGAUCGACGCUGUACAAUACUGCCACCAACAACAUGUUUAUCAUCGUGAUCUAAAACCGGAAAACAUCUUGGUCUUUGACAAUGGACGCACACUCAAGAUUGCUGACUUUGGUCUUGCCACUUCACAAGCGAUUGCCAAGGAUUUUGGAUGUGGGAGCACAUUUUAUUUUUCACCAGAAUGUCAAGGUGAUGAUGUACAUUUAUCCAAUGGCUAUGCAACAGCACCCAACGACAUAUGGAGCUUAGGAGUGAUCCUAGUGAACCUCGCUGCGAGCCGCAAUCCAUGGCGGCAGGCUUGUUUAGAUGAUGAUACUUUCCGUGCCUAUUUAGCGGAUCGUGAUUACCUCUUAAAAGUCUUGCCCAUCUCGCGUGAACUCAAUGGGAUCAUUAAACGUAUCUUUUGUAUUGACCCUAAGCGGCGUAUAAGCCUUGAAGAGCUCCGUGAGAGUAUCCUUCAUUGCAAGUACUUUACCAGGACCUCCCAGGUCGAGAGAGCUGAAACCAAUACAUCUUGCAAGCUUCAAAAUAUCUUCCCUCUCACUCCCCCAACUACCCCAGGCGAGGCUGCUAAUGAACGCUUGGCUGGUGGUUUCUUUCCUCCCACCCCAGGCUCAUGCUCUUCUUUUAUUUCAUCUUCUGAACAUGAUAAUGGGGGUCAUGAGCUCGCCACCCCAGCUGCUAGCAAUAGUAGUUGUCAGGAUCAUUGUGUCUCUAAGCUUGCCACAUGUUCUUCACAACGACUGGAUAUCCGGUCGACUUCACUAUGGAAGGCACUCCAACAACAACAACAAUCACCUAUGCCCCUUUCCACUUCACCAUCACCACCCAUUUCUCCUUAA